CAAAGCCAGAACUGUAGAAAGGCUGCGCCUCCGAUCUCGGCGCCAUUAUAAAAAAACAGGGCCGUCUUGCAAACCUCUGCUCGACGCAGUCGCCGGCCGCUCGCUUCUGCUCCUGGAAAUCGGCGAGCGCGCGCAUCUAGCAGACACCUAUGCAUGCAACCUUAGUCUGAGAUUGAGAUAUUGCUACAUGCAUGGCGUUGUUUUCAACCAGAUGGAAGGGGAGUGGCAAAUGGGGUGCUUACCGCCGGGGUUCCGGUUCUUCCCGACCGACGAGGAGCUCGUCACCUUCUACCUCGGCAACAAGGCCAUGGACGCCAGCUUCACUUCCGCCGCAAUCCGCGACGUCGACCUCUACAAGUCCGAACCAUGGGACCUGCCUUCCACGGGCAAGGCGGCAAUGACGGCCGGAUCAGGAGGAGACGAGUGCUACUACUUCUUCUGCAAGAGGAGCAUCAGGUACCCGUCCGGUGCACGCGCCCGGCGCUCGACCGCCGGCGGGUAUUGGAAGUCGACGGGCAAGGACAAGGACGUGCACUGCAGCAGGGAAAGCAAUCGACUCGUCGGCACCAAGAAGACGCUUGUGUUCCACCGCGGCAGGGCGCCGAGAGGGGAGAAGACCAGCUGGGUCAUGCACGAGUACAUGCUGCUGGCGGGGCAGAGAAGCAGGAACGCCUGUUCCAGAGCUGAUCAGGGCGAGUGGGUGAUCUGCAGGGUGUUCGUGAAGAAGCCUCCAAGUGAUCACAGGACGUUGGAGAGGGACCUGGGGCAGGGAGAGGCAUUGCAUGGGCAAACAUCUCCAGGGCAUCUCCUUCCAAUGGACUCAGAUGGUUGCAACGGCGAGGAGGCAGCAGAGCGAGCGGCAUCGCAGGUGCUCUCUGACGACCCAUGGGAUACAAAUAACCGUGCCAUGACCUCCCAUGAGAAUGAUGCCUUGGUUCAUCACGUGGAUCCGUCAUUGAUCGUGGACCGUCCAAGCUGCGCCUCACCAUUUUGGCCUCUCUAUGACGACGACCAGCUGGGACCGUACUGUUCUACUUCUACCUUGCACAUAUUGCAGCAGCGUUCCAGCUUGAUCAGUGCUACAGACGAUCUGCCAGAGCUUCUGGAGUACGGUGGCUACGACAUACCAAAGCGCGGUGCUUCGCCAGGAAGCGAGCUCACCAGCAGCAGCGAGGCAGAGAUCUCGUACAUUUCUGUCGUCCCUCUUCACCUCGAUGAGUCCUACUGGAACUUUGGUUGCUGAAAGGCACAUAGAUAUAAGAUUCCAUGUGUAAUAUACAUAGAUCAACUACUAGUUGUACUUGUACAUGUAUGCACGUAAUUAUAAGGGAGUGUCUAUUUCUCAGUCGCCUAAGAAAUAGUUAUUUCUCAACCAACAAUCGUAGCGAUCAAAUCAAGAUUUUCUUA